AUGCUGCACCAGCGCAUCAACCUCAUCAAGGCCUAUCUAGCCGAACUACCACAAUCAUAUCUGACCGAUGCUUCCAUCUCAGCCGCCACCAGCGAUCCUCCUCUCAACCAUCAACUCCUCCGCGAAAUCUCAUCCAUGCUCUCUCGCCUGCCAUUACUCGCUCCUCCCGUCUCUCAACCCUCCACCACCAUCCCAGUCCCGGGAAUGCCACAAUCAUCACUCGCAACAGCCUCCUCACAGGAACAGUCAGACAUGCACAUGGUAUCCCUGCUCGCCUCUCUCACCCGCACAGUAGCUCAAGCCAAAGACAUGGGUUCCAAGUACUCGAUCGUCCAAAAGGCAAAGACGGACAGAAACAACGUCGGUAUGAUGGGUGGUCGUGGCGGCUUCGGCAACUAUGGUCCUGGACCCGGCGAUGACCCCUGGGGUACCCCUGGCGGAUCCAACGAUUUCGGCUCGAUCAACUUGUCAUGA